AGAAUUUUGAAAUAAAAUAUUUGUAAAAUUUAAAAUGUUAUUUACCUAAAACCUAAAUUUUAUUAAUCACACGCAGUAAAUCAAAUGCAAUAAAAAUACAGUUUAAUUUGCAAUGGGAACAAAGCCAGAACACACAUAUAGUAAGGGAUAUAGAAAAGAUAGUAAAAAGGGAACUGAACCGAAACGUCGAAGUUUUGAAAGUCGACGCAUUUCAAGAAGCAUUAUAAACGGAAUAUUAAACGACAUGCAGAGAGUAAAUCAAAUGCCUUCCACGCCAUGCAAACUUAUCAGGAUAAAAAAGGAAGAGAGACCUGGCAGUGCAAGGAAGAGAGAUACCUCAGAACCGCGAAAAGCGAUUCCAGUGAAUAAUCCGACCUCUAUGACCACUCUGAUCAUUUGGAACAUUUCCAAAGCACUGGAAUUGAAUCCCUAUAUGGACCUUAAGGGAGCGAUAGAGGCAGCGAAGCAGCGGCUGGACAGCGAGGACCGCGACCUCAGCACGGUGAGCUCGCAGCACCCGGAGCAACAGCAUCUGGUGUGCGCGUUGCUGGCGUGGCAGCAGCUUGGCCAUGAGGAUGCUGACAGUCUUUACAGAUUCAUAGAACCCAAGAGAGACGCCUUGACCACUCCCUGUGCUGACACAUGUAUAGGAAAAUCAGACAAUCUCCAAAAACUGUUAGAUCCUGGAAUAAUACAUGAAUCGUUUAAGUCGACGAACGUUGCACGAGACCCUACGGCUCCGCGGUGUCCUAGUGCUACGGUCCGUGGAAGUUUUGGGUCGCACACUACUGGACCAGUUGUCAAGUUACCAGUGGAGACGAAGCUCAUCAUGCGGAUAGACAACCAAGCACCACCGCAGCGGCCGCAAUCAUCUAAAUGUCCGAGAGCACCAGAAAAAGAGACAUUGAGUAAAAUUGAAGCAGCAUGUUGUUUGGAUACUGAAUGCGUGGAACGGCUAGCUGCACUAGACGCAGCUACGAACGAGUUGCGGUCCCGCGCCAAUAAGUUGGCACGACGAGAGGCUGAGAGAGUCGAGCUCUUGGAGCGCGCCGAAGCUGCCUGGAGAGAUCUCGAAAUAGGCUACCAGAGGCGACUUGCACUGGCCGAAGAAAAAGAAGAAGACCUUAAUAGACAAAUACAAAGAUUAAUAGCAGAAAGGAACGAUUUCAAGGCGACGUGUAACAGUUUGGCUCUUGAUCUCAAAGACAGGGGUGAUAGCGUAGAGAAGGCGCGGACAAAUCUUGUGAACUUGGAGAAGCAAGUGUGUGAACGUGCGUACCUCAAGAUGCGCCUCAGCGAGGAGACGGCGAAGGGCGAAGCCAACGUGGCGGAGCAACAGUGCAAGGCGGCGCAGUACGAGCGAGACCUUCAGUUUAAAGAGGAUCAAGCUCGGCGCAAGUUGGCGUCCAUACAAAACGAGGCUGAUUCGGCGCGAGCGCUGACGUGUGAAGCGGAGCGAGCGAUGCGCGCGGAACUCAGCGGGCUGCGCGAGCAAAUAGCGCAGGUUUCUAAAGAGUUGCUCGAAGAAGACGAGCUCAAUGUACGGAUUAAGGAAGAGCAUGAAAUGUUACGUCGAGAGAAAAUGGAAAUAAUAGAAGACUUGGACGGAUGCAAGGUCAUGUGCGACGGUAGGAUGCAGGGUCGGGUCGACGAGCUGAUGAGGAAGAAAGAAAUGCUGAACGGCGUGAAGGAACAAGUGCUGGAAUGCCGGUGCAAGCUGCCAGUUGACGCGUCGGUGGAAGCGAAGCGCACGCCCUCCCUGGCAGCUAUGUGCCGGUGUGCACCUGAAGACAAACUGCUGGAAGCAUGUUCGUGCACGUCGUUGCGAGGCAAGCUACUUUCCAACCUCCUGGCAGACUUGUUUGGAGGGCUCCAGGCAGAGUUGGGUGGAUCGGGAUCACAAAUGCCUUGUCAAUUGCUCAAGUGCCUCGAAGACAAACACAACUGGGAUCGCGCUAGUGUUAUCAAGACCAAUUUAAGGAAUUUCUUUUCGAAAUUGUUAAUGGGUGAACUUGAUAUUGCUAUCGCAACUUCUAUAGAAAACUAUCAUGCAAAGUGGGUUGGAGCUUCAUGUGCUGAUGUAGCGAAGUUGACACCUGAUCCAGAUGACGACCUCAAAGAGGGAUGGCAACAACGGGCACUUGAGAAACGUGCUCAAAAGAUGGCAACACAACUGGCCGAACAGCUGUUCCAGGAGCGAGCUGAACAACUCGCGCAGCGGGCUAAAGAAAUCGUAACAUCAGGCCCGCCGCCGUGUGAAUGUAAACCGCAGACUUGCUGCGAUCGAGACACCCCGGCAGUGUUCCCGUGCCUGAUGCCACCAAACUCACCAUUUGGUGCUGGAUCGCUAUUCACCGGUCGGCAAUCGGGUGAUACGACGACACCAGCAAUUUGGAAGCGCACGAUUCAAGACGUUACGCAACUACGACAUCAAAUUGAAGAUCUUAAAAAGGAUUCUAUAAAAAAACAAGAUUUAAAGCUCAUGGAACAGAAAAUUUAUAAAAUUGUCAAACAAGCUUCGGUAAUAGAAAAUGAUGAUUCUAUUGAUAAAGACUUACAAGGAGAACAUACGAAAAAAAUAUCGAAAGUUAUUAAAAGAGACGAAUCACCGAAGAGUUUUAUUCAUAACCGGUUAACAAGUAAUAAAAAGAAGACCUUAGAUUUACAAAAAAGGACUUCUAUUUACGAAAAACCGACUAAACAAAGUAAAAGACAAACUCACGGGCAGUCGUACGCUGUUAACCUGUGUUUGUGCGGAAUACAAAAAAACGGUAAAACUUUACAGAGUCCUAUAACAAAUAGCGAAGGAAAAUCUUCAUGGAAGCAGAAACCUCUCAAAGAUAUUAUACCACAAAAUUCUGUAAUAAAACACACAAAGCCUAUCAAUAUAAAUGUAACAUCUCCUGAAGUGGAUGACAACAGCAGCAAAGUAUCAGAACCCUGUAAUAGCAAUUGCAAAUGCUUUCAUAAACUGCCAUCAAAUACUUCGAUAGAUAAACUUUUAGAGACAUUAACUAAAUGGAAAUGUGACUUGGGUGAUCCUGCAGAAAGAUAUUUAAGAAAUAUUAAGAGUAGUUUUAGUAAAUAUUCAAAAACGGCAAUCAAAGAAUCAAUGCGAAUAAGCAAUCAAAAUGAUUCUAAAAUUAAUUUAUCAAUAUCUACAGAAAGCAAUAAAGAGGAAAUACACGAAAGCAAUAUUCAUAAAAAUAGUCAAAUUGAGACAGAUAAAAAACAGAAGUUAUUUAAACAACCAGCUGCAACAGAAUCUGAAUACAUGGGCGCUGUUUAUUUAGAUAAAAGUAAUGAAAACUUUUGUAAAUGUAUACCUAAUAUUAAUUAUAGUAAGGAGAACAAUAACGAAAAACACGAGAACGGUGACAAUAAUAGUACAUUUAAAUGUAUAAAUACAAACGCUUGUGAAUGUAAAAUAUAUCAACAAAUGCAAAAAGAUCACAAAAGGUCUCAGACAGAAGAAUUGUACAAAAUUGAAAUAAAAUCCAAUCACUGCCAAGUCAUAGAAACAAAAGAUAUUCCAGAUACUAACAAUCGAAGAUCAGAUAUUAAUAAUGUUACCCAAGAGACGGAAUUACUUCCCAGUAGCUGUGAGUAUUAUAUAAAAUUUUUGGGUGUUACUUUAGACGAUUUAAGUUCGGGUAACAAAACAAAAAAAAUGAUAAACGAAUUUGAACAUCAUCCUGAAAACGUGCUCGUUACCGAAGACCAAAAUAUACACCACCAAAGAAGGCUUCCUAAGUCUGAAGCAUUGAAUUCGUUUACAAAACCUAAGUUGGCUAAUGGAAGAAAUGGAAAAAGCGAAAGUACUAAAUGUGAAUGUACUGCAAAAUUUGAAGAGUUCAAAAGUUUUAUGACUCAAUUUUUUAACAAUAAAUUAAAUGACAAUACACAUACGAACGAAUGUCUUGAUUCACCAAGUUUUAAAUAUACAGAGAACACAAUAGAGUCAUGUGUUUGCUGCAAUAGUGUUAAUGGAGAGGAUUCUGCAGAUUUAGAAGUCAAUGCUUUUCAUUUAUUGGAGGACCAUCUCAAAGGAAAGUUGGAAGAGUUUAAAUCAUUUUCUUGUAAGGCUACAUGCAUACCCCCAGAAGAAGAACAAAGGCUAUUUUCUGCAAUUCUCCAAAGAGUUAAACAAGUAAUUUCAGAUUGUGCUAAUGAAAUGAAAUGUACUUGCCCCGGAGAUCCACCUAGUAAUGGUAGUUGGAAUAGAGCCUAUGGGCUUCUACAAGAGUAUUUGAAGAUUAAAAUAAAACGUGUACAAUGUUUAUGUGUCUUAAAUGACAAAAAUAAAGAUGUUGUAUUACCAAAUAUUUUAGAGAAAGUAUGCAACUUAAUUGAAAGUGAUUUCCAGCGUUUAAAAGAUAUAUGUAAAUGUAAAAAUCCUACUGAGUUGCACAGAAAAUGUGUACAUAUUGAAGACGUAACAUUAAAUGCUAAAGAAUUACCCGAAAAGGACACGAAUAUUACUUAUAAUAAUGUUGAAGUUCAAAACUUUCCUAGGAUAAGAAAAUUAUCAAAACAAAACUCAAACAACUCUAUGAUUAUAACGGAAAACAUAUCGUCUCAAGUACCUCCUAAUUUGGGAAUGGAAGCUAAAUCUUGUGAUGUUAUAAAACCAGAUACUAGAAAUGCACAAACUACUGAAGCAGACAAUACUGUAAUAAACAGCAAAUCAAAUGGAGUUAUGUACAAUAAGUGCGAUUGCUGUGAGAUCACAGAUAAAGCCACAUUUCGCGAAUUCUCAGAUAUGUUUGGAAAUAAGGAAGUUUUAGUUAAUCUUUAUGCAGAUGACAUAAUUAGAAUGAAGGAGACGAAUCUCGAUACAGGAAUAACUAAUAGUGAUCAAAAGGAGUCUGAGAACCAUUUUGCUAAAGGAGAAAACAGUACAAAUCAUACACCAAGGAGAGAAAUAAAUGAACGUGAUGAGCAUAACUCUGCAGUGAACGAUCAGACUGGUCGAAUACCUUAUAUUGGUUACACGGUGGAUUGUAGUUGCGAUAAAACAUUAGGAUCUUGCGUCUGCAUGAAGUCAGUCGUUCAGGCUAAUAAUGAUAAUAUUGAUAAUCUUUGGAAAGGAUAUCUCGUUAACCAUGACAACCAUCAGAAAUAUUCGUACAUUAUGCACGGGAGUCCAAACGUAAAUAGUGAUGUCGUCGUUAACGGCCUUGCACACUCUGGCGAAAUGCUCGAUAAUAGUCCAAAAACAUCAUUACUAGAUGUUGAUACAUACACAUGUGAAUGUGAAAUAAAUGUGGAAAAUGAAGACGAUUUAGUUUUAAAAUAUUCUUUGGACAAUAAGAAUUCAACAAAUCAUAAUAAUGCAUUUGACGGGAGCAGUGUGGGCACGUCUUUGACAAAUAGUGAAACUCCAUUUGAAUGGUAUCAGUCCUCUAUACCAUUAAAUUCCGAAAGAGAGAAUGCUAUUAAGCUUGCCAAUUCUAUUUAUUUCCCAGAGCCACCUGUGGACACUUACAUGAAACCGCCUCUUGCUAACCUUGUUAUAGACAAAAAAACUGCCACCGCGGCCCAAAAUUGUGAAUGCGAUAAAGUCCCUAUUUGCCACGUUAAAAUGUUGGUCGAGAACAUAGAAAAGAAUUUAAUGGAAUCCAAGUGCACUUGUGAUUCUUUGAUUUCAAAAGUGUGUCCAGUGCAUUCCAAAAGGGUGUGCUAGAUCAAUUUCAGUUACCACUGUAUGUACAAAGUAAAGAUUUAAUACAUAUUAUGUUCAAGAAUGCAUUUGAUACUGAUAGCACCGAACGUACGAUGUCUGCUUUUUUAUAUAUAUUUUAUGAUUGAUCUGUACUAAUGAAUAUAACAAUAUUUUGCUGGUGCAUUUACCUGUGUUCAAACAUCUUUUCACCUAAUUAUAGUAGAUGCG